UAUUCCAAGGAAGAACUUGCAAAGUUGCCAAGAAUAAUAAAAGACUUUUAUGUAGAGCACCCGGAGAUCACUUGCCUUUCUCAGCAGGAAGUUGACGAAAUAAGGAAAGCCAACCAGGAUAUAGUUGUAGUUAGUUUAAUAGGAAUCAAUCCAGACAGUGACGAUGAAGAUGAAGGUGCUGCGAAGUCACCUGCCAGUGUACAUAUCCCAAAUCCAAUCACGUCCUUUAAUCAGGCUUUCAGUCAAUAUCCUGAUAUUAUGAGGGAAAUUGAGUUCAAUAAAUUUGUCAAGCCGACUCCUAUACAGAUGCAAGCCUGGCCGAUCAUAAUGAAAGGCCAUGACCUGAUUGGGAUAGCUCAAACUGGGACGGGCAAAACGUUGGCAUUCCUUCUGCCCGCAUUUCUGCACAUAGAAGGGCAAACAGUUGCCCGGGACCAAAGAGGUGGACCGACGGUGCUCAUCCUCACGCCAACUCGUGAACUGGCCUUGCAAAUUGAGCAGGAGGUUAAAAAGUACAAGUACCAUGGUAUCAAAUGCCUUUGCAUCUAUGGAGGAGGCAACAGAAAGGAACAGAUAACAAACGUCAGUGAAGGGGUCGAGAUAAUUGCUGCCACCCCUGGCCGACUUUAUGAUUUAAUUGUUAAUAAAUACGUCUCAGUGAAGAGUGUCACAUACCUUGUACUAGAUGAGGCGGACAGAAUGUUAGAUUUAGGAUUUGAGCCUGAGAUCAGAAAAAUUUUGGUUGAUGUGCGGUCAGACAGACAAACCAUAAUGACCAGUGCAACUUGGCCCGAAGGGGUGCGGAGGCUGGCCGCCUCCUACCAGAAAGACCCCAUCCAAGUGUUCAUAGGAACGCUGGACCUGACGGCAGUGCACUCCGUUACUCAGAGGAUUUGCAUCGUGGAUGAGAAGGAGAAGCUCGACGAAUUACGAUAUCUCUUGAGUAGUGAAAUCGAUGAAAAUUCAAAGGCUAUUGUCUUCAUGGCUCGCAAGGCGACGGUUGAUUAUGUCUCUGCGGAGCUUUCAAUUGAAGGAGUGCACGACUGCCAAUCCAUUCAUGGGUCGAGGGAUCAGGAGGACAGGGAGCAAGCUAUCGAUGAUUUGAAAUCAGGAAAAGUUAGAAUUCUACUGGCGACGGAUGUGGCCUCCAGGGGGCUCGACAUAAAAGAUGUAACGCACGUCAUCAACUAUGACUUUCCCCAUAACAUCGAGGAGUACGUGCAUCGGGUCGGCAGGACGGGCAGAGCCGGCAAAGAAGGGAUUGCCAUCUCCUUUCUCACCAAAUUUGAUGAUAAGUAUGCCGCUGAAUUGAUCAGAAUUAUGGAGGAAGCGAAACAGCAUGUGCCUGAUGAACUCUACAGGAUGGCUAAUAAGUUGGUGGUUGCAUGUUGA